UAUUCAUCGUUUUGUAUAUUCGAUGGCUUAGGAACUAUAAAAUUAUACAGUUAUAUAAUAUCAAUAUGGCCGCAGAACAGGUUAAACUACAGACUUGCGAUUUUUCCACGAAAUUCGAGAUAAACAAUUCUACGAAACCGAAGAGCAUUCUAUUGUUUAGCGGCAAGAGAAAGUCUGGAAAGGACUAUAUCACCGAUAAUUUGCAUAAAAGGAUUGGUUCGCAAAGGAGUGUAAUUAUACGAUUAUCAGGGCCUAUAAAAACGCACUGGGCUAAAUCUUUAAAUCUUGAUAUCAAUCAAUUAUUCGGACAUGGAGAAUACAAGGAAAAAUAUCGACUUGAUAUGAUUAAAUGGGGAGAAGAUAUGCGAAAGAAAGAUUAUGGCUACUUCUGUAGUGCUGCUAUUGAUAUGUAUAAUGCAUGGGAUAAGUCAGUGUGGAUAAUAAGUGAUGUUAGAAGAAAAACUGAUAUUAAAUGGUUUAUGGAAAAUUUUGGAGAUUUAUGUAAAAAUAUACAUAUAGUUUGCUCUGAGGAAGUUAGACAAAAACGUGGCUGGAUCUUUACACUAGGUAUAGAUGAUUCAGAAACCGAAUGUGAUUUGGACAAUGUAAAUAAUUGGGAUUUGUUGCUGAAGAACGAUGAUGAUAGUAAUACAGAAGCUAUACUGCAACAAUUAUUGGAAUUAGUUACCUAGCAUAAAUUUUUUCUAUUUUGUCAAACGCACAAUAAUGUUUCAUAACUUUAAUAACUUUCUUUCUUUAAGCAAAGAAAAUGUUCUUGUAGCAUUAUUUCUAACAAAAUUUAGUAAUAAUUUUAUAAAAAAAAAAUAUUUUUGCAAUUGAUAUAUGAAAUAAAUAAAUGAAAUAAAUCUUACUGUAUUUACAGAUAAAUACAAGCCUUUAAAAUGUAAAUAUUUA